CUUCACUAGCAUUUUCAUCCACUGCUUGCAUCUUGGGUCCUCCUUCCUCCACACCACACGGCUCGCCUUCCCAGCCGUGACAGUACGAACCAGCGACUAUGGACCCAGCAGCAUUCAACCCGCCCAAGGAGCUCCGGGAGGAUAUUGUUUACUCUGUGGACAAAUUAAUUAACGUGUGGCUGGAGCACGAGGGAACAGAAUUUCGCCAAGUCGUGGCUAAUCGGCUACAGCGCUUGGUUUCUGGUCUCCCCUGGCUGCUCAGCUCACUUCACCCGCUCGCACAGAAUUUCAUUCUGAACGAGCUCCGUCUUCACCCCCCGGCUGCUACCACCCACCCUGCAACUCAUGCUUCACUGCCCGGUCCGACAGAGGAUGUUCUGCCCGGCCCGUCAACCCAGCCUUCAAGGGGGAAACAGCGCUCACGCUGCCGAUGCUCCUCGCCACAGUCGGACCUGGGGAUUUCUGAGCGGCCAGCUGUGGUGAGUGGACAGGACAAUAUUAUUGGUCUGAACUGUGGGACUGUUUACUCAGGGGUAAUGUUCUGUACGGCACAGGACAAAGGCUGUUUAUCGCCUCAAGCCCAGUUAGCCGCCCGGCCAGAAGCCCAGUCGCCACCUCCACCACAUUCAGCCUCACAAUCCAUAGCUCAAUUACAGUCACAGCCAGACUUAUUACAAACCAUGUUACAAUCCAUAGCCCAGUCAGUAGCCCAGUUGGCAGAAGAAUCAUUAGCCUUAUCCUCCGUUCAGUCUCCAACGUCCCCACCAUUAUUGUCUCAACCUUUGCUUCAGUCGCCCUCAGCUCAGCCACCUGUUCAGCCAUCAUCUUCACC